ACUCCUCCCGUCUAUAUUUUUGUUUAUUUUGUUUAGGAAUUAUUACUGGUCGUGGUCUCGUGGACAUGGAGGACGGCCAGCUCUCAUCAUUCAUGAAAUCCGGCAUCUAUCGGUUUCAAGGUGCUAAUGCCAUCUUCCUCGAUCCGGUUCGGGUCCUAAACAGGUCCUAUACGAGGUAUAAGGUUUCCCCGUAUGCUUACUACACUCGUUUCUUCGACUCUACUGAGAAGCUCGAGACAUCCUUAGAACCGAGAAAGCGGAAGCGCAAAGAAAAGAAGCCUCUCUCUCUCAAUGAACGGGAAAAAGUCGCCGAUCAACGGCAUCAGGAGGUGAGACCGUUUUUGCUGAAAGCACACGAAGCUCUGCUUGGAUCUACUGAGCUAUUGAAAGUGGUGAAGAAUUUCAGGCGCAACGAAUCCUCUGUCAAGGAACUAAAAGAAUUGCCUCACCAGAGCUGUGAGCAUUCUUUUCCGGAUAUUGGAAGUGUUUGGCAAGCGCCGCUUUAUGAAAUUGUUCUCAAUUAUGAGAAAGGAGAUUCAUUUAUUGAAAUUGAAGGAUCUCGUCAUGGUCAACAUUUCAAGCAAGACGUGGUCCCAGUCUUUGAUAAUCUCAUUGUGAAUAAAGGAAGUGGGGAUGUAGAGGCUGAGUUUUUGAACCACAAAUAUAUUAUCCCCAAAGACAGUUGUUUCUAUAUGUCUGAUGUGCGGAAAAUUCACAACUUAAUCCCCGCUGAUUCUGACGGUGGCUUCAAUAUUAUAGUCAUUGACCCACCAUGGGAAAACAGCAGUGCCCAUCAGAAACGAAGGUAUCAAACAUUGCCUAACCGGACCUUCUUAUCUCUUCCCAUCAAUAAACUUACUCAUACUGCUGGAGCCUUGGUUGCCUUAUGGGUAACCAACAGGGAAAAACUGCGGAGUUUCGUUGAGAAUGAAUUAUUUCCAUCAUGGGGUGUAACAUAUCUGGCCAGCUUAUAUUGGUUGAAGGUAAAGCUGAAUGGGUUAUUGAUAAGUAAAUUGGAUCUCUUUCAUCACAGGCCAUAUGAAUGCCUUCUCGUGGGUUACUCUGGUGGGAAGGAUAAUACCUCUGAUUUGUUAAAAUUGAGUGAUAUACCUGAUAAUCAAGUCCUCAUGAGUGUACCUGGAGAAUAUUCAAGGAAGCCCCCAGUUGGAGAGCUGCUGCGGGAGUAUGUGCCAGGACCACGUCAUGCCCGUUGCAUUGAACUGUUCUCUAGAGAACUAUUAGCUGGGUGGACAUCUUGGGGUAAUGAACCUCUUCUUUUUCAAGCUUCCAAAUAUUUUUGUCAAGAAGCAGAUAAAUGAACGGAUCCAGAUUUAUGCCUACUCGGGACAGGGCCUGUUUAAAUGUUUUAAAGCUCAAUUCGUACUAUUUUGUACCCUCAGCUGUCACUUAUGAAUUAUGAUCUGUAGUGGCGGCUUUGAAUGGCUAGCAGUCUCCAGAAAUCACAUGGUAAUUAGCAUAUGUUUGAAGAGCAGAGCACCCUUGGUAAAUUUGUAUCCACACAAGCAGGAACACUACAUGAAAUUGGUUUUGAUCUCCUCAGGGGUUAGCGUGGAAGGAUGGUAGAUCUUGAUCAAGGUUUUCUUUGAUUGCAAGGACCUAAGUUGGAAAACAACUGUACUCAUGUUUCAUCAUCUCCGGCUUUUUUCUACAAUAUUCAAUAUCUUUGUAAUUAUAUUCUAAAAUUCAGUGAAAACUGAAAACUUUAUUGGCGCUAGUAGAGAAUUAAAUGGGAAAAUAUCAGCAGAACUUAGAGUUUCACCGGCACAUAACAUCACACAUAGGGGUGAACCCGGUUCGACACUAAGCUGGUUUUGGUCCCGGACUGGCCAGCUGGAUAGGGGAACCGAAACAGGGGCAGAACCUUUAUUCCAG